AUGGCCGGCAAAAUACAAUCGAUCGCCAAGCGUCAGACCUACCGAAGGCUGGAAAGCAGCUCGAUCUUCGAAGAUGUGGAACUGGAACCAUAUCCAAGCCAUGGUCCCAUAACCCCGGCACCACCUCCCGAGAUCUCAAUUCCUGUGCAUAUUCUGCCUUCAGAACAGCUAAACCGGCCCUUGUUCAUCUACGAGUUUUCAGGCUGGCGAGGUGGUCUCGCACGGAGCAUCUGCGCGGUCGGAAUAGUGCUCCUGAUAAACCUCAUCUUCUUGAAUUGGGCUUGCUUCAAGUUCGGCCUGGCACAUAGCAAGGGUGUAUUCUACCGGGGAGAUUGCGAAACCGUCGACCGGCUAAUUAUGGUUGCUCAUCUGGUCAUCAACGUACUCGGAACGUUCCUGUUGGGUGCUAGUAACUAUGGCAUGCAAGUCUUGGCUGCGCCAACCCGAGACGAAGUUGAUGAGGCACACAAGAGGAACAGUUGGCUUGAUAUUGGGGCGCCAUCUGUAAGGAAUUUCAGAUACAUCGACAAAAGACGGGCCGCCCUCUGGUUGGUCAUGGGAUUCUCAUCUAUUCCCUUACAUUUAAUGUACAACUCUGCUGUUUUCGCUUCAUUUGCGGUAAAUGAAUACGAAGUUCUGAUUGUCACAGAAGACUUUGUCACUCUUCCCAACAACAGUAGCAUGUUGAACACGUCCGAUCCAUUAGAAAUCCAGCUCAAGGAAAAGGCUACUAACGGCAGUCUGCUACGAAGGCAUACUAUAGACUGUAUACAGGACUACGACACUAGGUUCCAGAGCAAGUAUCGAAACCUGCUUGCCGUAACCGAACAAAACGACACGGAGAAGGCAGUUCUAAAACGGACAGGGCUUCGGACGGUUUACACGGGCGGUCGCGACGACUGGUUAUGCUUCGAAGACGCCUGGAACAGAUGCGACACAAGCGAGGCCAAGAAAAAUGCUACCACGACAGGAUGGAUUCUCUUCAACUACAAAAUUUCCUACUGCUUGGCUGAGAAGGGAGCACCAGACAUGUGCAGUUUAAACUUCAGUAUGACCAUACUUAUUGUCGUCAUCACCGCAAAUGCUGCGAAGCUAAUGGCCAUGAUUGCAAUGUUGAAGAUUUUCGACACUCCCACUCUCGUUACGUUAGGGGAUGCGGUCGCGUCCUUUCUCGAGAGACCAUGUACAGUAGCGGGUGGCUUGGCUCUUUAUAGCGGAAGAUGCGUCAGCAAACGUUCUGUCCAACCGGAAUGGAAGUUUCGUCCACGAGCCUACUCCUCAACGCAAUAUCCGCGCCGGUGGUUUAAUGCACCAUCAAAAAGAAAAUGGGCGAUAUCAAUCAGCCUGGUACUCGGGGUACUAAUGGGCAUGAUAAUCGGCUUCACAGAAGGCCUAAAAACACUCGACAGAGAAGACGUGGGCAUACACUUCAAAGGGCUCUGGACGAUAGGCUUCGGCGCCAUCCUCCCCGAUUCGAUCGUGAAGCUGAACCUUGGAGAAAAGCCCAGCACCGUCCUCCUCAUCGUCAUCGCCAACUGUCCGCAACUUGCGCUCUCCCUCUGCUACGUCAUGAUCAACCAGCUGCUCUCCAACAUGUCCGCGUCCCGGGAAUGGGCCAACUUCGCCCACGUCCGCAAGGGGCUGCGCGUGACGCGUCCGCGUGGUCACCAGCGCAGCACUUAUUACCUGCAGCUGCCGUAUGUGCUCUCGAUCCCGCUUCUGGUCUUGAGUGUUAGCAUGCAUUACUUGGUAUCGCAGAGUCUGUUUCUCGUCAACAUCACCAUCUACGACGAGUUUGGUGACAAGUCGGACUACGGCCUGCACACGCUCGGCUUCUCGGCCAUUGCCAUCUUCUUCGUCAUUGUGGUGUCUGCGCUCGCUUUGCUCGUAGUAGUGUGUCUUGGCUUCAUCUCCAACAAGCCUGGCAUCCCGCCUGCAGGCUUCUGCAGUGCUGCCAUUGCCGCGGCGUGCCAUCCGCCCCCUGGAGAGGACAACGUGGACGCCGCGCUCAAGCCCGUGCAGUGGGGCGAUGUCAUGGCGGAUGAAGAGGUUUUGCUGGAUGACGGGACAAAGGGCCUGGUAGGGCAUUGCAGUUUCAGCGCGGGAGAGGUGAGGUUUCCAACGGAGCGGAAACUGUAUCGGUGA